UCGGACCUUCCCCAUUCUAUUCAUAUACUGUUCUUCCACUGCUCACAAACAGUCGUUCUUUCAAACACAGUCACACAAAUCGAUCUCUUGCGUUGAAAAGCGGAAACAAGCUCGGCUUAAUUUCAUCCAAGUACUUGUGGUAAAAAUAUGUCAGGUACGGAGGACGUUAAAGAACAAACGGAAGUUGUUAUGGAAGACGCUGAAAAGUCAUUGCCAUCAAGACAGCAGGAAGAGGAAGUCGUAAAGAAGAAAUAUGGAGGAAUAAUUCCCAAGAAACCACCACUGAUUUCUAAGGAUCACGAACGUGCCUAUUUUGACUCCGCUGAUUGGGCUUUGGGAAAGCAAGGCGUAGAGAAGCCCAAAGGACCGCUUGAGGCUCUUCGGCCAAAGUUACAGCCAACACAACAGCAAACGCGGUACCGCAAAUCUCAAUAUGCACCAUCAGAAGGUGAAGACGGAAGUACUGCACCAUCUGAAGAUGCGAACGCAAAUGAAUGAGAAACUGUUACUGCUCGAUCCUUUGAUUACGGAGAGUUCCUUCAGCAUUACUUGCAUGACAACUACUAGUGAAGUAAAUUUUUUACUAAAAUAAAAAUUUUGAAAAAAAUAUUCUAUUGGAUGCUCAAAGUGGAAAAAUGCGUACUUGCUGCUGUAAUUACCCGUAUUCAUGUUGUCGACUAUUUUCAUUUAUACCAUCAUCGAGACUAUUAUUGCUUUUAUUUUGCGUGCGU